AUGGCACGGCAGCGCCGGCUGUCUAGUGUGGCACGUCGCAGGCAUGACUGGUGGUCCAAGGUGCGGGAGUGGGAGCGGGUGUGGCUGGAGAUGCAGGGCGAUGCCUGCGCUGGGAUAAGCCAAACCGAUCAUUUCGUGUUACCAGCUCAAGGAGUGAUUGAAAGUCCUUGCGGUGAUGGAGUUCAUAUCCCAUCUGUUCCAAGUGAAUUUCAACCGGUUGUUGGUUCAAUCUUUGGAUCUUUGGAGGAUGGAAUUGAAAUGUAUCGAAGGUAUGCCGACAUUGCCGGGUUUGAUAUUCGACUAUCAACCCAGAAGACAAGGAAGGGUGGUAUAGUCAAACUAAAAUAUGUUGUUUCUCAUAAGCAUGAAAAACCAAAAAAAAGGUCCGUUGACUCUGUUGAAGUGGAUGGACAUCAUAGACAAAGUAGACAACUCAGCUAUGAUGACAAAGUUAUGGUACACCAAUCGACGAGGUCAAAUAUUGGGCCUGUAAGAGCCCACAAAUUGCAGGUUUGUUUGAAAGGUGGCUACCAUGAGGUUGGUUCUAGUGUUGUUGAUUAUAAGAAUUUCAAGAGGGAUCUCAAUAACUACGUUGGUGAUGGAGACGUACAAAUGGUGGUAAACAUGUUGAACAACAUUAGACAAUAUGGAACAAACUUUGCAUUUGUGUAUAAAAUUGACAAUGGUCAAUUGGUAUCAAUGCUUUGGGCCAACGAGUUGACAAGGUUGAACUACACAGAGUUCGGUGAUGUUAUGUCAUUUGAUGCGACAUGUCGUUUCAACAAGUAUAACAUGGUUUUUGUACCAUUCACCGGUAUUAAUAACUAUAGGAGAUCAGUUGCUUUUUGGGUUCAUGACCGUCAACCGACCCUUGUUUUGACUGAUCAAGAUGCUUCCAUUAAGAAAGAAAUCCCGGUUGUGUUUCCUGAUGCUAGACAUCGACUAUGUAUGUGUCAUAUCAUGAAGAAGCUCCCUGCCAAGGUAGGUUCUGAUAUCAUUUUGAAUACAAACUUCAGAAAACAGUUAUUAAAAUUAGUAUGGAGUGUACACCUUGAACCUGAUGAAUUUGAGAUUUAA